UCUUCUCAGCUUAUCCACACACAUCGCUCACAAAUACAGUAGCUUUUGGGAUGACAGGGUCUCAGGCUAUGCUUGGUCACCGGUGAGUUCUCAAUUUCUCUCUCCUCCAAAUUGUAUUAUGCCUCUGAUUUUGCUUCGUUACAAACAGUUUCUAAAACAUUAUAAGCAAAAUUCAAGUGGAUGACAUUUUCUGCAAACAGUUUCUAAAACAUUAUAAGCAAAAUUCAAGUGGAUGACAUUUUCUGUGUAUUAUUGAUUUUGAGUAUUGGUAUGCAAAUUUUUGUCAAUAACAAGAAAUGAAAGGAUUGUUCUACACAUACCCAUCUGCUCAUAGAUUCUCACAACCUCCAUUGUUGCUUUUCAAUCCAAAACCAACAUUACUUCACAAAUUUGAUCUCUCAAAGGUCUUCUAUAACAGGAGACUCCAAUUGGGUUUCCAUAGAAAGCACAAUUGCAUAAAUAUAAAUAGAGAUAGUUCUCUUGCCAUUAAAAUUAUAAAUGAUGAUGAUGGUGGUGGUGGUGAUGAUGAUGAGAAUAUAGAAGAAGAUGUUGAGAUGGAUUGGGAAUCAGAAUUCAUUGGGGAGCUAGACCCAUUAGGGUUUUUGCCUCCUAAGAAGAGAAAGCAGCCCAAGUCAAGGCUGCUCGUAGAUACUGAUAAAAUGGAUUGGUGUGUGAGGGCGAGGAAGGUUGCCCUCAAGUCCAUAGAAGCAAGGGGCUUGAGCAGUUCAGUGGAAGACUUGAUUGUGAAGAAGAAGAAGAAGCAUAAGAAGAAAAAAAUGGGAACCAAAAGGGUAAUUGGUAAUAAGAAAGAAAUAUCAGUUGAAGAUACUGAUUUUGAUUCCGUGGAUGAGGGGGAUUUUGAAUUAGGGAAUAUGAAUCCUAUUGAUGGUAGAGGUAAUAUCGGGAAGAUGGUGAGUAUGAUUGCAGAUGGGAUGUUUGAAGAAAGGAAGGAGAGAAAUAGGGAAGCCUUUGUUCAAAGGCUGUCACAGUUCUCAGGGCCGUCUGAUCGUGGGAAAGAAAUAAACUUGAAUAGGGCGAUUGUCGAAGCACAGACUGCAGAAGAAGUACUGGAGGUUGCUGCAGAGACAAUUAUGGCUGUUGGUAAGGGCCUCAGCCCUUCACCUCUCUCUCCUUUGAACAUUGCCACUGCACUCCAUCGGAUUGCUAAGAACAUGGAGAAAGUUUCGAUGAUGAGGACUCAUAGGUUGGCGUUUGCUCGGCAAAGAGAGAUGUCUAUGCUUGUGGGUAUUGCAAUGACUGUAUUACCUGAAUGCUCAGCUCAAGGUAUCUCAAAUAUUUCGUGGGCACUGUCCAAGAUUGGAGGUGAGCUUCUUUAUUUGCCAGAAAUGGAUAGGGUGGGGGAGGUGGCCUUGACCAAGGUCGGUGAGUUCAACUCUCAGAAUGUUGCUAAUAUAGCAGGUGCUUUUGCUUCGAUGCAGCAUUCUGCUCCUGAUCUCUUCUCUGAAUUAUCUACACGUGCUUCGAGUAUAAUUCACACAUUUCGAGAGCAAGAGCUUGCUCAGGUGUUGUGGGCUUUCGCAUCUUUGUACGAGCCUGCUGACUGUUUGCUAGAAUCUCUAGAUGAUACUUUUAAGGAUGCAAACCAACUUAAAUGCUGCUUAGAUGAAGAAACAACGGACUACAAAGAAGAAAGAGCUGCAGGGAGCAAUGCAGAUACUGACUUGGAUAGAGUUUUAGGUUCUCCUUCGCUCAAUUUCAAUAGGGAUCAGCUGGGAAAUAUAGCUUGGUCUUAUGCUGUUCUUGGGCAAAUGGACCGGAUUUUCUUUUCACAUGUGUGGGAAACUUUGAGCCAUUUUGAGGAGCAAAGGAUUUCAGAGCAGUAUAGGGAGGAUAUCAUGUUUGCUUCUCAGGUUAAUCUUGUGAACCAGUGCUUGAAGCUUGAAUACCCGCAUCUUCCCUUAUCUUUAAGGAGUGAUCUAGAGGAGAAAAUUGCUCGUGCAACAAAAACUAAGAGGUUUAAUCAGAAAAUGACUUCUUCAUUUCAGAAGGAAGUGGCCCGCCUUCUUGUUAGCACCGGUCUUGAUUGGAUCAGAGAAUAUGCUGUGGAUGGAUUCACUUUGGAUGCAGUCUUAGUUGACCAAAAAGUUGCUCUGGAGAUAGAUGGACCUACUCAUUUUUCAAGAAAUUCUGGAGUUCCUUUAGGACAUACGAUGCUUAAGCGCCGCUACAUUAGCGCUGCUGGUUGGAAGUUUGAAUCUGUGGCUCAUCAACAUUGGGAGGAACUUCAAGGUGAAUUUGAGCAGCAUGAAUACCUAAGAAAGAUUCUCAAAGAUCACUUGGGCUAAUGCAGCACCAACACUGUGAAAAGUAAAGAAGGUAGAAGGUUCAAGAGAUCUAAGUUAGCAAAACUAAGGCAGAAAGUGAGAUUUACAUAGUUCCGUGUAUUAUGGUAGUUGAGCCUAGUUGCCAUAUAUAACUACAUGUCCAUGUCCGGUUCUCUGUCAAUGCAUAGUUGUAAUUGAAUUUUCUGAAAUUUUAUGGUUCAGUAUGUAAAAAUGGUUGGAAAAGGUAGUGUCUCAGUCUGUUAUAUAUGAAUAUCCAGUUAUUGACACAAGUUUAUACAUCCAUUUUAUUUUGAUA